AUUUGACGCAUAAAGAGAAUAAUAUUAAAUCCAGUAAAGCCAAAUUAAAGAAAGAAUCUCACCCAUCAUCCAGAUUCUAGACCAUCUCUCCAUGUGCAGCCUCAACAAGCCCAUCACCGCACCCGUCGGAGAAACAAGCUUCGAAGGUCGAAGGAUGCUUGUGUCCAGGCUUGCACGCCUAACGGUACUGGCUCAAUUCUUCUUACCCGACCCUUCCCAUGGGUCCCACCUCCCCCUCACCCAAUACAUCUCCCCCACGUGUCCUCCAAAAUUUCCUCCUUGCUCCAUAGCUAUUGCUAACCCGCCAAAAUUCGUUUCCUAUAAACGCGGGGUCCGAACUAUAAGCAAAGCAGCCUCUAAACCUACUUCCGAUACCUUCCUUGAAAUGGAGCCACACUCUCUCGAUGCUCAGAAGCUCCGAUUUGACUUCCUUCAAGUCCUCCGUAGCCGGCGAUCCGCCGACGUUCCGCUAUCGGUAGAAAAUGGAAAACCGGUGGCGUCUCCGUUGUAUCAGGAUAAUACGCUACCAACGAGCAAGAGUGAGGCGAUGGAGUCUUGUCCUAAGGUAGAUAUCAAGAAUUUUAAGGAGUUGCUGAAAGAGGAGAAUCUUUAUUUGAUUACUGAGGCAGGAGAGCAAGGGCGUUUGCCUGUGCUAAUUCUGAGUAUGAAAGGAAGCAAAGAAAGAAGGUCUGCAGUGGUUUUCCUGCACAGCACAAACAAGUGCAAAGAGUGGCUGCGGCCCCUGCUUGAGGCCUAUGCCUCGCGAGGAUAUGUAGCCAUUGCAAUUGACUCUCGCUACCAUGGUGAACGUGCCAGCAAUAAAACUACUUAUCGGGAUGCUCUUAUAUCAUCAUGGAAAAAGGGUGAUACAAUGCCAUUCAUAUAUGAUACGGUCUGGGACUUGAUAAAACUGGCAGAUUAUCUUACACAGAGGGAAGAUAUAGACCCUACUAGUAUAGGAAUUACUGGUGAAUCGCUGGGAGGAAUGCAUGCAUGGUUUGCUGCUGCUGUUGACACCAGAUAUUCGGUGGUGGUCCCUAUAAUUGGUGUGCAGGGGUUUCGUUGGGCCAUAGACAAUGAUAAGUGGCAAGGUCGGGUUGACAGUAUAAGGCCUUUAUUUGAAGAAGCACAAAAAGAUUUAGGCAAGAGAGAAAUUGAUAAAGAAGUGGUGGAAAAGGUGUGGGAUAGAAUUGCACCAGGUCUGGCCUCUAGCUUUGAUUCACCAUACACAAUUCCCGCCAUUGCACCACGUCCGCUGCUAAUUCUCAACGGUGCAGAUGAUCCCCGUUGCCCACUUGAAGGUUUACAAAUUCCCAAAUCGAGAGCAACCAAGGCUUAUGGAGAAGCCCAUUGUCUGGAUAAAUUUAAGCUAAUUGCGCAACCUGGAAUUGGGCAUCAAAUGACACCAUUAAUGGUGAAAGAAGCAAGUGAUUGGUUCGACAAGUUCCUCAAGAAAUAAUGCUGUUCAGUUAAAUGGUCUGUUUUAUGUUAUUUUCUUGUGCAAUAUCUUAUAAUAAAACCUAGAAGGAGCUCUUGCUUUAACCUGUCCUAAAGUGUAGUGUUUUCAAUUCCUAUGUUCAAGUUGGCGGUAUUUGUCAUUUGCGAAUUUAAGAUAUCUUUGAUUAGCAUAUAUCAGUGCAGAUAUAUAUCAUCAAUAACAAAAUUUCACCAUCUA